UGAAGGUCCAUCCAUUCAAUUCAAAGCAUGCAGUCGGAAUGGCCUCGAUCAAGCCGCAUGCAGCGCGCCCGAGUGGUGCAGAGCGCAGCAAUCCUCAUGAUCCUCGCAGCUAUGGUGGUGCUGGCAACCUUUCCAGGAACGCUCGAAUUCAAUGGAAAGCCAGUCAAACCAGCGGCUGAAGGCACCUUGACCGGGCUGCUGAUCGCGGUGACGCUGGUGCCAAAGGCGCGAAGGGCAGCGCCCGAGCGAUGGCUGAGACAUUUUGUUGCCAUUGUGGUUGCAGUGGUGACCCUUUUUGUGGUCACCUACCCCUUCCACAUGAAGUUUCUGCCAGCAACUGCAACCUGUGGUGCCUACUGGCGACGUUGGCUGGCGGGCGAGGUGAUGGAGGGUGGCUAUGAAUGUGGGCCGAGGUUUGAAUUUGCAGGGGAUGUCUUGACGCUGCUUGGAACUGCUCCUGCUUUGAUUCUGGCCGUCUUGCGCUUCAAAACCCCCUCCUCCUACGCAAGAAACACGGUCUACUGCAUCGCCACGAACUGGUUUUGCUUUGUGGUGUGGACAUUGGAAGAUUUCAGCGAUUGGUGCGGCAAGAUGAAGGGGGAUGAUAUGGUCUUUGUGAACAAAGCCAACAAGUACUUGGCAGCGCUUGGCAAAUUCCUGAGUGCACUGUGCUUUGUUUGGAUUGCGGCUUUGGUCCUGCGACGUACCAAGAAGAUGGACAAGUUCUCCAAGAAGCAGCGCCUGGCAGUCUGUGGGCACUUGAACCCCUGGUGGCUGGUGGCGACGAUCGCGGUGGGCGCCUUGGUGACGCAGCUGGCGCGCUACGUCCACAUCUACUUCGACUCGGGGGAUGGCUGGAUCCGCGUCAGCGGUGUCUCCGCGGCCGUGAUGUUGCCCAUCUGGCUUUACUUCGCUUACCUGCACGGCCGAGCCUUCGAGGCAAAUCGAAAGAUGCUGCUGGAGGAUGGGGAGUUGCCCAGUGCCGUGCGAGUCCAGGUCCAAUGGGCUCUCCAGGUGCUGCGGUCCGAAUUGCUCGCAGGUCUCAUCUUGGCGAUCAUCACUGGCGCUCACUGGACACUUACAGGCAUUGUUGGCCUUUGUGGAGUGGCCAAGUAUAGCAAGGUCUAUUUCAUCCUGCUCCAUUCCAUGAAGCGCAUGACUGGUGUUGCAGAUGCCUGGGGUCUCCUUAUGCUCAGUGGGCUCAUGCAGACGAACGGUGGCCGUGCUGCCAAGCCUCCUGCCCCAACACGGCAAGUGGCCAACGACAGUCACGAAGCGGCAUGGUCUGCCAAGGUUGCAGAGUUGGCCGGCCGCGGUGUGCGGCUGGGUGAUCUCCUGGACUUCUACCAGCAGCUUCUAGAAGGGGCCAUGCCAAGCUUUGAUCCACGCUACUCAACCACCAAUGAUGUGGCACGAGAAGCGGUGAUCCCCAUGUCGCGAGUGGGUCAGGACGGCUUCGCACUGGCCUCUAUAUGGAACCAACAGCAACCGCGUUUGGCGGAACGCAUGGUGACCCACAAUUGGGGAAAUCGCUUCUCUCACUUAGUUGCUGCCAUCAUUUCGGAUGCCACCGGCUGCGCUUAUUUCGCAGAUGUGGUGGCAUCUCUGGAGAAGUUGAAAGACUUCCAGACACUCAAGGCUUCCCUUGAGGACUCGGAGAAGAUCGAUACCACUUACUGGGUGUGUGUCUUCUCUGUGAACCAACACGCCAGCAUCUGUGGUGGCUUUGGCCCAGCACCCGAAAAGUCCCACUCCUCGCCGGGCGAGUUCGAGGCCUGGGAUGCCAAGCGACGCAACUCCGUGAGCGGCGACAUCUUCCCCUUAUGCCCCUGUGGCCGAAAGAAGUACUUCAACAACGAAGCGGCCUUGACGGAGCUCAACAAAUUCGAUGAUCUCAUGAGGUUUCUGGCUCGGGAAGUGCCAAACUUCGUUCAUGUCACCGUGGGUGAUGAGAACUUCGAGGUCUUCAAGCGAGCAUGGUGUGUGGCUGAGAUCGUAGAAGGAAGUGCGCUCAACAUCAGGCAGAAGUUACUGAUGCACUCCACUUCAUGUUUGGAUGACAAUUACGACAAGCUAAAGAGCUUGGAUAUCCGAGAUUGCGAAGCAUCCCGAGCUGAAGACAAGCAUCAAAUAUUGUCCAAGAUCGACGACAUCAAGGGCUUCAACGAAUACCUGGGAUGGCUGAUUUUCGAUGCAGAUGGCAUUUUCAGCGGAUUCCUUGAUGGAGAGGCCCGCUUGUCUUUGGUUGGGCGCUUGUCUGUGCGAGCAAGUCCCAGCAAAAACCUGGAUGACAUGAUGACAUUCUUCAGCUGAAGACCAGUGAGUUGGAGUAGUCGGAUUUUAUCAUUUUGUGGCAUGCAAGUCAGCACCAAGUCCUGACUUUCAUGCAAGUUGUAAAGGCAUUUCUUCGCUUUCCUUUCAUGCUGUAAUCACAGACCAAUGUCGAUGCCCGACUUUCUGCUGAGAUCUAAACAGAUCAAAGCGGUGACGUAGUGGGCGACGUCGCAGUCGGGGUGGUCACGAGAGCCACCGUCGCAAGGCCAAAUUCACAGCAUCCCGACCCAUUAAGUGACCGAAGCGGAUGCAGCUAC